CAAUCAUUGGGAACAUGUAAUCGUUACCUAGUCCGCUUUAAAUAAAGUUCGGAUGCGAAUUGUUACGACGGAAUGGUGUUGUAAAUGUGUAACAUUGACUACAUUUUAAACUGAACGUUUGACGCCACGUUAACAAACAUUUUACGAUGUUUGUUGCUGAAUACAUCGAAUUCACAUAUCGUCAUCGGUUUAAUAUAACGAGGGCAACCAAUAUGGCAGUACGUACGGAAAGUACCUUCUGCUCCUAUGGUGGAUAAUGAUGUUGAUAUAUGUAAAAAUUUAAAGAUUCAAUAGUAAUUUAUAAAAAAGAAGCAGUAAUAAAGACAAGUCGAAGGAUGUACGUGAAGUAAUAAAUAUUUGAAUGUAUAAUAUCACCAGAAGAGGUCUACGACGUAAUCGUUCGCCAUCACAGACUCUCCAUUGACCAAAUUUGAAUCUUGUAACGGUCACGCAGACUUACUUGGUUGGUAUUCCCAGUACGAUACACAUUAGUACAAAUCAACAAUGGAGGAUACAAAUGACAUAUUAGUAUGUGCAACAGAAUUCAUAAAAGAUCGAUUAUAUUUUGUAACAUUGAGAAAAAUAGUACAACCAAAGAGUACUCCAAACACCCAUUAUUUCAGUAUCGAUAACGAAUUAAUUUAUCAAAAUUUUUAUGAUGAUUUUGGCCCAUUAAAUCUUGCAAUGUUAUAUCAUUAUUGCCAAAAAGUUAAUAAAAAACUAAAGGCAGUAACCUUAAAGAAGAAAAAGAUAAUACAUUAUACAACUAUGAAUCCACACAAGAGAGUUAAUGCUGCUUUUCUCAUAGGAAGCUAUGCUAUAUUGUAUUUGAAACGGACAGCUGAAGAAGCAUUCAAUUGCUUAACUAGUAGUUCCAACUGUCCACCCUUCAUUAUGUUUCGUGAUGCUUCUGUUGGUACACCAUGGUACCAAAUCUCCUUGAUUGAAUGUCUAAGUGCCAUCUAUAAGUGCCACAGAUUUGGGUUUUUUAAUUUUCAAGAUUUUCGCGUUAAAGAAUACGAAUAUUUUGAAAGAGUAGAAAAUGGAGAUUUAAACUGGAUUGUUCCUGGUAAAUUUAUUGCAUUUUGUGGACCUUAUGCUAAAUCUAAAAUAGAAAAUGGGUAUCCACUUCAUGCACCAGAAUCAUAUUUUACAUAUUUCCGACACAACAGUGUGUCUACAAUUAUACGGCUUAACACAAAAAUUUAUGAUGCUUCAAGUUUCACUGAUGCAGGAUUUGAACAUAAAGAUCUGUUUUUUGUUGAUGGUUCAACACCAACAGAUUCGAUUAUGCGUCAGUUUCUUAAAAUAACAGAAAAUGCAAGCGGUGCUGUUGCUGUACAUUGUAAAGCAGGACUCGGUAGGACAGGUUCUUUAAUAGGAUGUUAUAUCAUGAAACAUUAUCAUUUAACGGCUCAUGAAACAAUUGCAUGGAUAAGAAUAUGUAGACCAGGUUCUGUAAUUGGACACCAGCAACAGUGGUUGGAAGAAAAGGAAGCAUACCUUCACUCUCUAUUGAAAGAACCACUACAAACAGAAAAUAGAAAUCCAAUGCACAAAUAUGGAAUUUAUUCCAUAGUUGGCAGACCCAAGAUAGUAUUCUUGUCUAAUCUGAAAGAUUCUAACUUAGUGCAAGAUAAAGUUUCAGGAAUAAUGCACAGAGUAGAUGGAAUCGCAUUAGAUGAUCAUGCUCCUACUGCUGGCACCAGUACCACUAAAUACAUGCCAUUGUCUCAAGGUAGCAAAUUAAACUUAAUCAAAGCGAAAAGAAGAGGUUUACCAACAAAUCACACCCUUAAUACGACUACUAAUUCAUCAGCUGUCGUACAUCCUUACUUAAGACCUUUGUUACAAGCAAGAAGUCAGAAAAGUACAAUUAAUACGUUAACUAGAAAUAAGGAAAAAGAUCCUACAAAAAAGGUUCUGCCUAGGUCCACCACGACUGCUGUUGCUAAGAGAAACAGUUGGCUGGUCAACAGUACCUGUGAUCCGUCUUCGCGUCGUCUUAAGCCUACUAAACCAGCAACACAGAUCCGUAAUAUCAACAACAACACAACUACCGCUACUUCCGUUACAUCAAUAUCUGUUACGAAACCGGUGACAAGGGCCAGUAUAAGAACUUCCUGCGUCCCCGAGACUCGCAUCUCAAAUACGUCUGCAAAUUAUUCCGUCAGGCAGCCGCAACAAGGCAUGAAUAUGAUUCUCAGGUCUGCAGAUCGAGUAAAUCGUUAUCAUUCUCUAAGGCAUGCGCGCACAACCAAAAGUUAUAAAACUGCAUUUAUCAGAUGACUAACCGAUAUUCUCAGUGGCGUUGGAGAGGACAAUCCGGUAAUUCGAGCAUCUCACCAGCGCCGAAGA